AUGGCGUUGAGUUUAUGGGAUCAGUCCUCUGAUCUUCACCAUUAUUUUAACAACCCAGAAAUGUUCAGCUUCCAGCAUCAGGCAGCUGAAAACGACGAUGAAUUGGAUUGCUACUUCAACCUGUUCAGUUUCAGCAACAAUGGCGUCGAUUUCACUUAUGAUUAUGCUUCAGAUACCUUCCCUGAUAAUAAUUACAACCAGUUUCCAUUCUUCUUCAACAAUGAUAAUCAAUUAUAUCACAGUGAUUCGGAUGAUCUCGUCUUCCCUUUUGAAGAUUUUCAGUGUAACCAAAACUUUCCAAAGCGCCAGAAGAGUUGUUAUUACGGAGAUGGCCUUGAAGUUGAUCAUAAUUCGGUUACUUUUUCGUCUGAAUUCUUUGUCAAUCCUCCACCGCCGCUGCUUCUUCCUGAAUUUCUGCCUGAGAUUCCUGCUCCGCCGCUGGCGGCUUUCAGUCUCGGGAAGAGUAGUAGUUGUAGUAGAAGUGAUACUGAUCCUGAGAGCGGCGCUGCAGAGAAAGCAAACACCGUGAGCUUGUCGGCGCAAAGCAUCGCCGCCCGGGAGAGAAGACGGAAGAUCACCGAGAAGACUCAAGAGCUCGGAAAGCUGAUUCCCGGCGGCCAUAGAAUGAACACAGCAGAAAUGUUUCAAGCUGCUGCGAAAUAUGUCAAGUUCUUACAGGCUCAAGUCAAAGUUCUUCAACUCAUGGAGCCAUCAAUGCAGGAAAGAGCAGAAUUGCUUCCAUUUCAAGAGCUUCAAACUCUUCUUGAAUCUCCAAUAAUUCAAGAGAAAUUGUAUUCAGAGGAGAAGUGCUUGGUUCCAAGACAAAUUCUUCAAACCCUGAAAAAGGAUCCUGAAAUACAAUCAAAACCAGCCAUCUUUGAGAGCAUUGAUCAGUUAAUUAGUGGAGAUUAA